AUGGCGACGGCAUCCGCUCCUGCGCUGCGGCGCGAAGGAAGCGCGGAGGCGAAGGAGGAGGUCAGAAGAAGCGGGGCGAGGAGGGGGAGGGAUGAGCUGGGGGGGUGGAAAGUGCGUAAAAAAACCCGUGGGGUUUUAGUCAACUAACUUUUACUCAGAGUAGACCUAUCAGAAUUAAUAAACCUAUGUCGUUAAUUGUUAAUGGCUCUAUUCUGAGUAAAAGAAUGCUUAAAACAUUCUUGUUCAGGCCUGCCUACCCACAUGCUUAGAAAGUUGGGGUGAUUUUAAUCUAUUUAAAACAUACAAAAGUUAAAAUACUCAAAAGUACGGUUGUGACUCUUUCCUCAAAAUUAUUGUUUUUCACAAUCAAGCGGGGUAUAAAUUUUUUGAAAUAAAAAAGUUGCUUGAAUACAAACCCUGUGGUUUUGCUAUCAGGCAGGCAGGAUAAUCUGAGUGUCCAGAAAGUUAUUUGGUGGUUAUAUUUUAUUUUAUUUUAUUUUUGUUUGUUUAUUUAGCAUCAGCCACAUACCCAUUGGCACAUUUACAAAGAACAAACAAAGGGACAGGCCUCUCCCUCAAAAGGGACCCAUUGUCAAGAUACGGGCACAAGGCAUGGAUAAAAUGGGAGAAGACUUCAUUUCAGUUAGACUUCCUCACAGUGGGGAACAUGUCAAAGGCUUCAUGGAGAGGCUGGCACUUGUCAAUCUUAGCAGAGCACCGGAGUAGCCUUUUCCAGUGUUAGCUUGGUGCUCCCAAAUGUUUUGUACCCCAAAUCCCAGCAUUCCAGGUGAUUCCAGGUCACACAGCUGAGGCUGAUCAGGGAAUACAAAGAACAUUUGUGGAAUACAAAGAACAUUAGGUGUUCAUAUUGGAUAGGUUCCACCCAAUUGUUUAUGAACAACAGGAGAUAAUAUUUUGAUAUCUUUCCUUUUUAUCUGACUUCUUCAAACACAUGUUGUUAUGCCAGUAGUGUAAUCAAAUAUUCGUGGGUCACAUUUUGAGAAAGUUAUGUUGGAACUUUGUAAUCCUAUGUGCACUAACUGAACUCAGUGGGACUUUCUUCUGGAUGAACAUGCACAGAUUCACACUGUGAGUGUAGUAAUUCUGGUGAUACAAGGUUUUUCAGAAGUAGUUUUUCUGCAUUCUUUCUUACUCCCAGGAGUCACAGGAAAACCUAGUAGUGGACAUGAAAGAUGGGAAGCAUAUUUUCAGCCACAAAUCUGGAUGGAAAAUGUAUGACUAGAAUGAGGAAAGGUAAAAAUGUGAUCCUGGGUGGGUGAGCUGAUAGCUGUUAGGAUGGAUUUCUUUCUUAUUAUCUUUCUUCCAACAUCCCCUAGUCAAAAAGAAAGGAUACUUAGAGACCUAACAACCUUUUGAUUUGUCCUUGACCAAAUAGUAUGAAUUUCCUGCAGACAAAAAUUAGGUUCCAUUUUGUUCCUUUUCAGGCUUAUUCCAGGAAAAUGGAAUCAACAGAGGAGAUAGUGGACUCAGCAAACAAAAGUGAGCAUGAAAACUUGGGGCCUCAAGAGGAACCAGCAACUUUCAAUCCUCUCCUGAGAGCUUGUCUAACUGGUGACACAGAGGGAGUACAACAGAUUUUUGAGGACCUGGAAGAUCCUGAUCAUGAAAAAGCCAAUCGGCUUUUAAUGGAAAAGGAUAUUGUGGGCAGAGGCCUGUUGUAUGCAACCUGUAUGGCUGGGCAGAGCGACGUUAUCCGGACACUGGCAAGAUAUGGGGUUGAUCUGAAGGAUAAGACGGCCCGAGGUACAUAACUGACCAGUUAUGCAAAAAAUGUACUCCACAAUUUUUUUACUAGUUUGCCUGCUCAUACUUUUUUCUCUGUAGUUGGGGGGAAAAGCCCUCUCUACCUGGUUGUCUGAGGGUGAUCCUUCCUCUCUGCAGAACACCAUGCAAGCAGUUCAUAACAAGUCUGUUUUUCCUUAAAAUGCCCUAAAAGGCAUUAUCAGAACAUAACAGUUUUCACCUGGAAUACAUUGGACAGAUGUACCUAUAUUUAUUAUUUACAAAAUUUGCACCAUCUGUUUAGCAGGCAAAAGUUGGGUUUUCUUUUAAAAUCGAUAAUAUUAUUGACAGGACUAUGGGAAACAUUUUUUAAGAGAUCACUAAGAACAGACUACAAUUUAAAAAAGGAUGUAUAACAUACAUUGUAUCUUGAGCACAAAAUCCCUUUUGUACCAGAACCUUAAGUAGACACUAGUUGCUUGUCUGUUUGUAAAUGAAUGCUGAUAACCUGCUUUUAAAAAUAAUAAUAAAUGAAUGGUUUGAAUCUUAAGAUUGAGAUGCUAAAGGUACAUUCUGGUUAAAAUAUAGGUUUCCAAGUAGCUGGAUAUGUUUGGUUGUUUUGUGAAUGAAGAGAGAGAGAGAGAGAAUGUUAUAAACGGGUAUUCUAUAUACAACUACACAUUCUAAUUUGGCUCACUCUCUCAGGUUAUACACUCCUCCACUGUGCUGCAGCCUGGGGCCAACUAGAGACUUUGAAAACUCUUAUAGAACUGGAAGCUGACAUUUAUGCAACCACCUCCCGGGGUGAAAAGGCUAGAGAUAUUGCCUGCCGAUAUGAGCAGACAGAAUGUGUUGCAUUCUUGGAUUGGGCAGGUAAGAGUGGUAACACCUAA